AUGUCAGACGACGCCAUCGCAGAGCCGUCCGAGGCGCUGAAGGAGCAGCAGCAGCAGCAGCAGCAGCAGGCCGACGACCACAUCGACGCCGCCAAACAGCCCGCCUUCCUGCACUCGCCGCCCGAUAGCAACGAUGCCGGCAAGUCGGAGUCGAGCGACUCGGAGCUCAGCGACCUGGACGACGAGCCGCCGCUGGAGGAUGCGCCGACGCUGCCCCCGGAUCUCGGCGCUGAGCUCGACGACAUUGGCGAUGUCGUGCCGGACCAUUGGUCGUCGGGCAACGUGCCCGUCUUCCGGCCGACCAUGGAUCAGUUUAGAGACUUCCGCCGCUUCAUGACAAAGGUCGACAGCUAUGGAAUGAAGUCCGGUAUCAUCAAGAUCAUCCCGCCGGCCGAGUGGCUGGAUGCACAGCCACCCCUCGACGAUCUCGUAAAGCAGAUCCGAGUCCGCGAGCCAAUCAAGCAGGACAUCAUGGGGUCCAACGGCACUUACCGCCAAGUCAACAUCCUCCAUGGACGAUCCUACAACAUUCCGCAAUGGAGGCAGCUUUGCGAGCAGAGCGAGCACCAGCCUCCCGCCAGGCGUGGAGAGAGACGAGCCAAUGCGGACAAGCCCAAGCCCGCGCGGCGCCCUGCUGCUCCCAAACCUGCCAACACAACGACCACCACACCGAGGACUCGCGGAAGAGGACGGCCUCCCAAGAACAGGGCGAGGCAAAGGAAGAAUGAAGAGAGCCGGCCCAUGACACCUGUCUCGCCAAAGGUCGAGGCCGAAGGCGCAGAGGAUGAAGUGAUGGACUCUAUCGAAAAGGAGCUGGGCACCGAGGUGGAUUACGAAGACGACCCUCAACCGACCGUUCGAAGAAUGGGUGGAGUUAGGCCUGCUAAGCCAAAGAUUCAGUCCACCUCGGCGCGCCGCAAGUACAGUCGCCGAGAAGGCUCCGCCGUCAUCGACGAGGCUGCGUUCAAGGAUUUCGACUAUCGGAUGGACAUUUCCGACUACACGCCUGAGCGAUGCGAAGAACUGGAGCGCGUGUAUUGGAAGACCCUGACAUAUGCACAACCGCUUUACGGCGCUGAUUUGAUGGGCACGCUCUUCGAUGACAGGACCGAGAUUUGGAAUCUGAACAAGUUGCCAAACCUCCUGGAUGUCCUCGGUACAAAGGUUCCGGGUGUUAAUACAGCAUACCUCUAUCUUGGCAUGUGGAAAGCAACGUUUGCGUGGCAUCUUGAGGACGUCGAUCUCUACAGCAUCAACUACUUGCACUUUGGUGCUCCAAAGCAGUGGUACAGCAUUUCCCAGGCCGAUGCUCGAAAGUUUGAGAAUGCCAUGAAGAGUAUUUGGCCCGCCGAUGCCAAGGCCUGCGACCAGUUUCUCAGGCACAAGGCUUUCCUCAUUUCGCCGCAACACUUGCAGCAGAACUACGGCAUCAAGGUCAACAAGGUCGUCUCAUAUCCCGGCGAGUUUGUCGUCACCUACCCUUACGGAUACCAUUCCGGUUUUAACUUGGGAUACAACUGCGCCGAAGCUGUCAACUUUGCUCUCGACUCCUGGCUUGAGAUGGGCAAGAUUGCCAAGAAGUGCGAAUGUGCCCAAGCGCAGGACAGCGUAUGGGUCAACGUCUACGAGAUCGAGCGGAAACUGCGAGGAGAGGAGACCGAAUACGAAGAGACAGAGGAUGAUGAUGAAGACGAAGAUGAGGACGAUGACGAUGAGCUCUCCGGGCUUCCCACCCCUCCUGCGGGCCACGCUGUGAAAUUCAAGGACGCGAGCCGCAAGAGGAAGCGUGGCCGGGCGGAUAAGGGGGCCAAGGUCAAGGUCAAGAAGAUCAGGCUGCGACUCAAGGUCAAGGCCGAGCCGCCCUGUUGCCUGUGCCCCAACGAUGUCCCGAACCUGGAAUUCCUGCCAACCGACGACGGCAGAAAGGCCCAUCGCCUGUGCGCCCUCUACAUCCCCGAGACGUACAUCGACACAGUGGAUGGAAAGGAGAUUGUCUCCAAUGUCGACGCCGUGCACAAGGACCGUCUGGAUCUCAAAUGUCUGUUCUGUCGAUCGAAGCGCGGGGCUUGUUUCCAGUGUUCUCAGAAGAAGUGUGCGAGGGCAUAUCACGCUACAUGUGCCGCAGCCGCGGGAGUGUUCACCGAGGAACAAGAGGUUCCCGUCUUUGGUGAAGAUGGUACGGAGUAUAAAGAACAGGCUUUUGAAUUCAGCUGCCGCUUCCACCGUACCAAGCGCGAUAAGAAGCUGGACGGCGAGGCUUUAGAGGAAGAUGCCCGCAUCAUGAAGGCCGCCGAGGCCCUUCGGAAGGGAGACAUCUGCCAGCUGCAAUAUCACAAGGGCGACAUAUUCGCCGGAAUGGUGGUAGAGAACCGAUCGGAUGAGCGCAUGUUACUCGUCGACGUCGUUCCGAAUGGCGACCGAGUAGAGGUUGAAUGGAAAUGGCUGCUGCUCCCAGAUCCAUCCGACUACCACCUACCCAAGGCGUCGGCGAACGCCAUCUCGCUCCCCUCUUCGCAAAAGGCAAAGGACAAGCUCAAUGCCAAGCGUCAUCAGGGCGAUGACAAGCCGCGAAAGGGCGAUACAUUCAUCGAAGGGGACUAUACCUGGGCGGAAUUCCACACCAACGAAGCCGCCAACAAGCAGCAGGCCAAGGUUGAUCUUAGCAAGCAAGACCAGGUCUGGUACUAUCUCGGGAAGAACUCGACCGACGCCAAAGCGCAGUACACCGAAGAUCCGACAAAACCACGGCACAACCCCAAGGGCAAUUUCUUGGACACGCUUCCGAAGCCCCCCAAGCCCGUGCCUGCGCGCCAAACAUAUCAGCAGAGAGCUUACGGAAUCUCUGGCCCAUACAACCACCCAGGUGCUUUUGCGGGCCAAAUGACGACGAUGCCGAUGAAUGCUCCGGGCAUGGAGAGGCCAUACGUCUACCAGCCAAGGACCCCUGUGGGAUACAACAACCACACACUUCCCGGCACAAACUCCUUCCAAGGGACCACGGCUGCUCCUCCCACCUUCCAGCAGUAUCAGCCAUACACAGUCCAGCGGUUUGACCCCAUCAUCCGGCCAAAUGAGAUGCCUCGAGCUCACGUACCGCCGCCGCCGCCGCCACCUCCCCCUUCGCAGCCGCAUCCACAAGCUUUCCCGACGACCUGGGCGGCAGGGUCUUCAGGACCUUACCCAAGCCAUAGGGGUGCUUCAUCAUCCACACAUAACUCGCAACAGUACAGCAGGCCCACUUGGCAGGUGCAUUCCUCGGUGUAUCAGAAGUACCCCUUCUUCCAAGUAAACCAUAACAGGGAGGCUACCAGAUAUCGAACACCUUAUAUGCCGUGGGGAGGGUUCACCAACGGUUACGAAGGCGAUCUGAGAGCACACCUGCUAGCUAAUCGCCACGACGUUCUCCGGCGGGCAUCUUCCACGGCAAUGUCCCCAGGCGACUACUCGGGGCCAUACCAGGCGCAACCUUCUGCAGCUGUACCGACAGCCGUACCGACAGCUGUACCGUACAAUGGCCCAGCGGCCCCGGCAGCACAGCAGACAGGGCCGCCGGCGCAGCAAUCGAAUUCAGGGCUGCCUGCGCCCAUCCUUGGAACAGCCAGCCACCAGUACCAUCCGGCGAUCAAGGCACAGUACAGAAGUCAGAUCCAGCAGCAGCCGACCCAGCAACAGCCCAACCAGCAACAGCCGACUCAGCAGCAGCCCAGCCAACAGCAGCCCAGCAAGCCCAAGCCAACCCCAGCCCCCAAAUCGUACAAGGUUGGCUUACCCGCAGCCGUCAGUCUUUCGUUGAAGUCGACUAAAUCCGCAAUGCAGGUUCCAGCUAAACAGUCCCCAGUGCCUUUACCAGCAAACUUCCUGGCCGCCAUGACCUCGUCUCCCGGUUCUACCGCACCCCCCUCCGUCAAGCACUCGCCUCUUCGGCAGGCAAGCCCCGUGGCCGCCUCUCCCAACACGAAAGUUGCCGGGCCGGCAGAUACUCUCCGAAAAGCUGCAGUUUCAGUCAACGGGACUGGAAAUCAUACUCCCCAACAAUCGGGCUUGGACAGGGGAAUGUCUACUACCUCGGUGCCAGUUUCCACGACUAUACAUCCGGUCAAAGACGAUCAACCCAGUCCGUCCUAUUCUACACAACCAUUAUAUCAUCAUGAACCCGAGGGUUUCCCAGAUGUUCCGGGCUGCGAAUCUAUGGAGUUUGUCGAACGGAUGAUGGAGAAUCUGAGAAAAGCGUCCCAGCGGCAGAUGCCAAGCUGA